AUGGGCUGCCGCCUAGUGACGCCGAAGGAUGCACUGGCGCCGUCCGAGCAAGGGAAAGCAGAGCCCACGCGCCUGACCGAGAGACAGUCGAGCUGCGAAGAUUCUGAGCCUGAGGCCGAAGCAGUGGGAGCGAUCGCAACAAAGCACAAGCCUCUGCACUCUAGAGGCGACUCGGGGUCCGAGCUUCCGGGCAGCUCCAGCUCCUCGCUGUCGGUCGUCCCUGCCUCCAUCACCAGCCAGAUCAGCGACAUCGUGGACCUGUGCGAGGGGAUGAAGGAAGAGGACGUCCAAGCGAAAUCCGAAGCUGUGCUUGAGCGGAUCCUCCGAGCUCAGUAUCGAGUGGACCAACUCGGAGACGAAGCUCCACACAAGACUGUGGAACUGUUGAGCGGGGCGUACACCCGCUUCCAGGCGAUCGUAGCGGAGUAUGCAGAAACCCACAAGGCCGCGGACGCAACCGUGGACGCGCUGGAGGAGGUGGACAGCAAACUGGACGUGGUGAACGGCCAACUCGACGAGAGCUGA